AUAUCCUAUUCUGGCUCUGCCAAAGCAAGAACUUUGUGAGCAUUUUUAGGAGAGUUGAUAGAAGAAACUUUCAGCCGUUGGAGUCAUGGAAACAAGGAUUGAAGGCAUAUGGGCAGAAGCAUAUAAGUGGCUGUGAAAUGUAGAAUCCUGAACUCAGGUCUCAUUUGUUGCUGUUGCAGCACUUCCGCUUCUCUCCCAGCGAGAGAGACACGAGUGGCCAGGCCCAGCCGCAGCAGCAGCAGCUCGGAGGAGCCAGACACAAAGAGAGGGACUCUGUUUUGGGGGUGGGGGUGGGGGGUUCGCUAUGUCGGAUGACGAUUCGAGGGCCAGCACCAGCUCCUCAUCAUCUUCGUCCUCCAACCAGCAGACUGAGAAGGAAACAAACACCCCCAAGAAGAAAGAAAGUAAAGUCAGCAUGAGCAAAAACUCUAAACUUCUCUCGACCAGCGCCAAGAGGAUUCAAAAGGAACUGGCCGACAUCACCUUAGAUCCUCCACCCAACUGCAGUGCUGGUCCCAAAGGUGAUAACAUCUAUGAAUGGAGAUCAACUAUUCUGGGUCCCCCAGGCUCAGUGUAUGAAGGUGGUGUUUUCUUCCUUGACAUUACAUUUACCCCAGAAUAUCCCUUUAAACCUCCAAAGGUUACAUUUCGGACAAGAAUCUAUCACUGUAACAUUAACAGCCAAGGAGUGAUCUGCCUGGACAUUCUGAAAGACAACUGGAGUCCAGCACUCACCAUUUCCAAAGUUCUUCUCUCCAUCUGCUCACUUCUCACAGACUGCAACCCUGCUGAUCCCCUGGUUGGAAGUAUUGCCACUCAGUAUAUGACCAACAGAGCAGAACAUGACCGAAUGGCGAGACAGUGGACCAAAAGAUAUGCUACAUAAAUUGGUUUUUACCAACUCUUACAUUAUUUGUCUGUGAUGGAAAGAGCUGCUUAUGAUUUUGAAGGGGUGGGGGGAGGGUGGGAGCUGGUAAAAGAGUAGGGUAUUUCUAUAACAGAUUUUAUUCAGUCUUUUAUUUCCUAAGAUUGUGUUGUUGUAACUUAAGGUAUCUUGCUACAGUAAACAGUUAGACUUGGUAAUAGCAUCUUUUAAGACAGUCAUUAGUUCUGCGAUAUUAGCUCAAAUAGUACAGAAAAGAAUGUACACUUAGACAUUUGAGUUCAAUUGCUUGCAGUAUGUAAGAUUAAAACAGCUUAAUUUUGUACAGGUACAUAUGUUGGCAUUUAUGUAAAGUCCUUCCAAGACUACAUACACGUUUUUUGUAAAAAGAUGUUGGGAUUUUUUUUUUUCUCCCUUGGGAGGGCGUGUUGGUAUUUAACAAUUCCUUUUUUUUUUUUUAGAGACAGUCAUCUCAUAUAUAAUAUGGACAAGUUGAUAUGGCACCGUAUAGGAAAUGAGAAGUAGCUAAUGUAUUUUAUUUUAUAUGCCAAUCUACUCUAUUGUGAAAAGAUUAAAGGUUUUAAUCAGGAUUUAUGGAGACCUGUAGUGAAAUACCUUAAGCUGUUUAACUGUAAGGCGUGGAAUAGGAGUCACUCAGUGGAUUGGUUAUAUGUUGUGGGCUACUUAAGUCUGCAUUUGUUACUGUGCUAAUAAAAGAAUAUUAAAAAGAACCCUGAUAUGUAUGUAUACCUUGAC